AGUGUGUUUCCCCCGGUGAAGUCGUAUCGCACGCUGCAUCGCCAUUGAUAAGCAGGGCAACGUGUUUUUAUAGUAGGUUUGGAAUGGGAGAAAGCAAACAACAAAGUGCUCUGAACUAGCGCAAGCGCAAUAUGGUACUUGAACGAUUCACAGCCGCUUUGUCGGAACAGGAACUUGCGACCUGCUUCAUCUACUUGCCGCAGCACCUGUUCCUGUGGCUAUUUCUGCUGUCCGAAGCAAGAUACUAUAGGCGACACCCGAUAAGUAAACGACGCAAAAGUACGUCGGAGUUGUUUGCGCUGUCCGCGAAAAGUAUCUUGAAUACGGUGCUGAUAGUGCUGGUCCUGCUGGAUGUCGGCCGACCUGCGACGCCUUUCGUGGUGCGAAUCUUCGAAGCCCUGUCGUACUUUCUAACGCUGACGCUGCUUCAUCUCGGCGAGAAAUACAAUGUCCGCGACCAGACGUUCCUGUUGUCGUUCUGGUCGCUGGAGCUGUUGGUCAACUGUAUUCGCGUCGUCGACCAGCUGACGGUCGGGAGCGUGGUGUAUGCGGCGGCUCUGCUCGCCAUGGUGCUUCUAAUCGUGUACACAACGACGGCGACGGGUGUGGCUGGGGAAGAUGCGAGCGUCGACGAUCGAGUCGAGCCGAAUCUCAUUCGAUCGAUGUGCUUCAGCUGGUUCAGCGAAGUGAGUCGCAAUGUUCAUCGAUCGCAGCUGGAGCAGCUGGGGACGCUGGAGAGUGGGAUGAUGGGGGAGCGAUUGAUCAGGGGAUUCACAAAGGGCACGGCGAUCAAAGGUCAGUACGAGAUGGUUUCCGGAAGGGAAUCCGAACUGGUGCAGGAGGUGACGAUGAGGAGUUUGCUGUGGCCGUUUCGUUGGGAUUUGGCUAAGAGUGGAGUAAAUCGAUUCGUCAUGACGCUAUUUUUCUUCAUAUGCCCAUUUUUGCUAAGGCAAAUUCUUCGUAAUGAUCGUCAGACAACCCCAUCCGAGUCCCACUUUUACGUGAUCAGCAUUUUCUUUGUAUCCUUGAUCAUUGCCGCUCUCAAUGGGCAGUACCUGUACGACACGCAGAAGAUCGGAUUGAAAAUCAAAUCAAUCCUCAUGAUCCUGAUCUACGAUAAGCUGCUCAGGUUGAAGAAUCCCAACGGUACGGACAUAACACUGCUGACGUUAGACUCGACUAGAUUCAUCGACUUGCUGCCGAACCUUCAUCUGCUAUGGUCAGGGCUGCUCAUUAUCGUCAUCUCCAUAAUUGGUCUGGUGGCCAUCUUGGGCAAAUCUGCAUGGAUCGGUGUAGCGGUGAUGAUCGCCACCAUCUACUUCACAAAGCUGAUCACCGACAAAUUGCAGGUGCUUCAGAGGGAGCACAUGAACCGUAAAGAUCCUCGUAUCUCCAGUACCAAUGAGGCAAUCGGAAUGAUUAAGCAAAUUAAGUUGUUCUGCUGGGAGGAAUUCGUCGAAAGACGAGUACUGAAGCAUCGCAGGAAGGAGUUACAGAUUCUCAAGAAAAUUAUCUACUGGGAUGCUCCUAAAUAUUUGCUCGGUGUCAUAUCACCGUUUCUGGUAUCGCUUGUCACGUUUGGAUUGAUGAUCAUGAUCGGCGAUUCAAGACUUCUUACCCUGGAAGCAGUAUUCGUCUCCAUUGCCCUGUUCAACAUCCUGAAAUACCCGUUGUCAAUGCUUCCCGUAUUGUCUUCAACGUGGACGGCCACUCAAGCAUCCAUCGGGAGGAUCAACGAAUUUCUUAAGGCCGAAGAGAUUCCAUCGCUGCCAAGAAUGAACCAUAGGCAAAAAUCAACUGAACGAUCACGACAAAUUUCCGAAACUUUUGAAGACGUGCUAGUUGCCUGUCGCAAAACACUGGAUCCACCGAUAGUUUCAAUACAAAAUUUGAGUGUUCACCGCGAAGGAAAAGUAAUGUUGGAACAGGUUGGCCUACGAGUUCAGGAAGGAUCGUUUGUCGUUUUGACGGGUCCUGUUGGGUGUGGAAAAUCCACACUGCUUUCCGCAAUUCUUGGCGAAUUAGAACCUACUGAUGGUACGGUCAAUGUAACGGGACGAAUAGCAUACGUUUCGCAAGAGCCGUGGGUCUUGAAUCGAUCGAUCAAGAAUAACAUUCUUUUUGGAGAACUACUCGAUCAAUCAUUCUACGAAGAAGUCGUUCAUGCUUGUGCUCUUCGUGCCGAUAUGGACUCAUUUCCCAGCAAAGACGAAACAAUCGUAGGCGAAAAAGGAGCUACUGUUUCCGGUGGUCAGAAGCAAAGAAUCGCCCUGGCAAGAGCCGUCUAUCAGAAUACAGAACUUUAUCUCCUGGACGAUCCUCUCAGUUCAGUUGAUGGGGAAGUUUCUCACCAAAUCUAUUCCAAUGUGUUCGGAAGAGAAGGUUUGCUCAAACAAAAAACAGUCAUAAUGGUAACGCAAGAUCACGCUCAUUUCAAGGAUGCAGAUUUGAUUGUCAUGAUGGAAAGCGGGCGAAUAGCUGAACGACAUACGUAUCAAACGUUUAACAAUACAUACCAUGAUGUGCAAAGCAUAGUCAGUGAUCACCCCAAAAACGAAGAACUUUUGAGUCCACACAAAGCCGAGGGCCAUCAACCGGAAAAUUCGCACGUUUCAAGAGAUACCACGCAAAAGGUAUCACCAAAGAUUUACCUAAAGUAUCUCACCAUGUUAGGUAUAGUUCCUGCAGUGUUAAUCGUGAUACUCAACGUAGCAAACCCAGUCUGUGAUAUACUUUCCACCUUUUGGUUGGCCAAAUGGUCCCUCAUCAAUCAUCAAUCAGCGACUACCGAAGAUCACCAAUACCUCGUGGGCUAUGCGCUCUUUAUCUUGGGACUGAUCAUUCUUUUAGUAUCAAACAGUACCGCCAUUACGAUCAGAGGAAUCUCGGUUGCAAGAAAAACACACAACAAACUUCUGCACAACACUGUCCAUCAGCAGAUGAGCUUCUUCGAAAUCCGUAGCUCCGGUCAAAUUAUGAAUCGCUUUUCCAACGAUCUGGAUGUCGUUGACUCCAAAAUAUCGCUCCAUCUGCGAGACUUCCUCACAAACCUCACCAGCGUCAUCGCCAUCCUCCUUCUGUUCUGUUUCGACACAUCAUUUUAUAUCGUGAUCGUUCUCGCUGUGAUCGUGAUUACUUACUGUCGCCUCUUGUUCUAUCACCUGAAGACGUCUCGACACCUCAAACGCAUGGAAGCUCGCAGCAAGGCCCCGAUCAUUUUGCACUUCAACGAGUCCCGCGAAGGCCGCUCAACGAUCCGAGCUUUCCGUCGUGAGAAUCAAUUCCUCAGCGAAUUCAUCAACGUUCUCGAUCGUCACCAGCACUACUCCUAUCUGUACUUGGCAUCAAGCCGGUGGUUGGGCAUCCGCUUGGAGAUCAUCGGCGCGAUCAUCAUCUACUUUGUAGCGAUGUUGGCCGUCCACAACCAGGAUACGAUCGGUGUCUCCAACGUGGGCGUGUGCAUUAGCUACGCCCUUCGUCUGAUCCCGCUGCUCAACGCUUUGGUAAGAAUGACCGCCUUGCUAGAGGAAAAUGCCACUUCCUUGGAGAGGAUCGACCACUACUUGAAGGAACCGAAUGAAUACUCAGUGGUUCAACGAGAUGGUAACCCUUGUCCUCCAGAUUGGCCCAACCAAGGAACGAUAGCAUUUGACAACUUCGGUAUGGAGUAUGGCGAACAGAACGUUGCCUUGAAAGACAUUACGCUGAGAAUCAACUCACAGGAAAAGAUCGGUAUCACCGGCAGGACCGGAGCUGGAAAGACCAGUCUCAUCAGUGCCCUUUUCCGACUGUAUCCUUCGAACACGAAGGGAACGAUCACGAUCGAUGGCAUCAACAUCGAUCAUAUUCCACUGCGGAAACUCAGACGAAGCCUAACGAUCAUCCCUCAAAGCCCGUUGCUAUUUUCCGGUACAAUCCGGGAAAACCUCGAUCCCUGUAUGGAACAAUCGGACGAUGCCAGCCUGUGGCGAGCGUUGGAUCGCUGCAACCUGAAGCACCUGGUUGCAUCACUCCCCAAUCAGCUGGACACCCCAAUCGACGAACGCGGAUCGAAUCUUUCCGUCGGGCAGAAGCAGCUGCUCUGUCUGGUGCGAGGAAUACUGCGGAGCUCGAAGAUCGUCAUUCUGGAUGAAGCAACCUCGACUAUGGAUGCGGAGACGGAGAAAAUCAUUCAGCGCGUGUUUUUCAGUGCCUUCCGGGACUGUACGGUUCUGAUGAUCGCCCACCGGACGAACACCCUCCAACAGGUGGAUCGAGUGCUGUGCAUGCGGCAAGGAAUGGUCGUCAAGUUCGAUCGGCCGAACAGUUUCGACGAACGAGAUCUGAUGGAUCUAUGAUAGAGUUGUACUUAUUAGAUAUGCCAAGUUUAUGAUAUUAUCGGUUGUGUGAUUGCCUAAGUCAUAACGGUAUAAGAUAUUUUAUAUGGAUAGGAUUAACGUGCCAUCUUAUUUAGAAUCUUUAUUUUUAUAAUGUAACGCCACUUAACACUCACGUGAAUACUAAUACAUAUAUAACAUUCUCAUGAUAUCAAAACCGCCUAGAAAUAUAAUAAAAC